AUAGCCGGAACUGAAUCCAGGCUCGCUAGCGCUCACUAGCACUGCCAGAUCUUUAACACCAUGCCAAAAGAAGUGAUCACCCUCAGUUUCGGCAGCUACGCUAGCUUUGUUUCGGCACACUUCUGGAACCUCCAGGAUGAGGCUGCCGGCUACAGCGGCCGCGAGGGCUGGGCCGAGCUGGCUGGCAGCGUGGAGCACGGGGCGCUGUUUCAGGAGGUGGAGGCGACGGGACAUGGUCCCUCCACGUACCGCCCCCGUGCCAUCUGGUACGACAUCGUGGGUAGCUCCGGAGGCGUGUCCUUCAGCCCCGACGGCACCCCGCUGCCCCCUCCUAGCUCCCUAGGCCCCUCCCCCUCCCCCUCUGCUGCUGCUGCUGGUGGUGGGCUGGUUCCCAGCUGGUCGGGCGGCUGCGAGGUGCACCGGGCUGCGCGGGUGGCUCGCAGCGCCUUCCUGCAGCAGCUGGAGGCGCAGGAGGAGCUGGACUGGGAGGGACUGGGUGAAGAGGAGGCGGCACGGCAUCAGGCGGCGCUGGAGGCGGCUGCACGACAGCUGGAUGCGGUCGGUGGAGGAUCGGGGCCGGGUGCGGCGGUGGCGGCGGCGGCGGCGGCUGCGGGGGCUGCACGGCAUUGGACGGAUUUCUGUAAGGUCCUCAUCUCCCCUCGCUCCGUGUGCACCCUGCCGGGUGCAUGGCGCGACCCGCUGGA